AUGCGGUCGCAACCCCCUGUACCCUUUACCCCAUUAUCGCGAAAAUCCUACGUGGCAAACCAGACCGACGCAAUUGUGGCUUCGGGAAACAUCGAACUUGAAGAUUCGCGGGUGAACUCUGCCCCGGGCCCGGAUCGUAAUUGCCAGGAUUCAGAAGACGACAUGGCUACCAGUCGUCCCCCAUUGCACCGCCCUACGGAUGGCCGCUCGCAACAACCGUUACUCAAAGACGAUCGCAAUGGCCGUCUUUCGAGAUCUAGUUUCGACGACGGUGAUGCAGAAGGCAGGCCCAUGUUGCACCACACCCGUCGACCUACCAUCCGGAGUAAAAGCCCGGAAUACGAUGCCGCCCAAGCGACCCGCAAGAAGUACAUGAUUGCUUUGGGAUUUCUGUUACUAAGCUUGGCUAGUUUUGUGGUUCAAACAGAAACUGCCGUGUAUAUCCAACAUGAACUAGGCUGGGAUAAGCCGUAUUGCAUGCUCUAUAUUACCCACGGUUCCUGGGUAUUACUCUGGCCUUUUCAGUUACUCAUCCUUCGAAUUCAGAAACGAAAACUAUCGUGGGAAGCAUUUUGGCGCCGCCAUGUCUCUCUUCUCCGGAGUACAGCCCAGAUGGUAGAAACGCAGGAGGUUCAUCUCAGCGCUCGCGACUCCCACCGCUCACCGGUCGUAUAUAUGCUCAAGACUACUGCAUUCGUUACCAGUGCUCUUACAAUCGCCGGUGGCUCAUGGUACGUGGCUGUCAAUUUGACUACAGCUAGCGACUUGACGGCGAUCUACAACUGCUCGGCCUUCUUCGCAUACGCCUUCUCUAUCCCGCUUCUCAAAGAGAGACUACGACUCGACAAAGUAUUUGCUGUUGGUGUGGCAAUCAUUGGCGUGCUUGUCGUAGCAUAUGGUGACCGACCAGACAAGAAGGUGUCUAAGGGCGGGACAACCAAGGCAGAUGGUGAAGCUCAAAGCAGAUUGGUUGGCAACGUCAUCAUUGGUGUUGGCAGCAUCCUCUAUGGCCUCUAUGAGGUUCUAUAUAAACGAUUUGCUUGUCCACCAGAGGGCACAAGUCCUGGUCGCGGUACGAUAUUCGCCAAUACGUUCGGCAGUUUGAUUGGAGCCUUUACCCUUUUAGUAUUAUGGAUUCCGAUUCCUAUUCUGCACUAUCUGGGCUGGGAGGAAUUCCGCUUCCCUACUGGUGAGGCGGGCUGGAUGCUCAUUAUCUCCAUUUGUUCCAAUGCUACAUUCUCUGGAUCCUUCUUGGUUCUUAUCUCCCUUACAUCUCCCGUUUUAUCGUCAGUUGCUGCGCUCCUGACUAUCUUCCUCGUUGCCAUUGUCGACUGGCUCCGCACCGGGCAACCUCUCUCUUUCGCAGCCAUUAUUGGAGGUAUCCUAAUUAUGGCUGCUUUCUUCCUCCUGAGUUGGAGCACGUAUCGUGAACUCCAGGAAGAACGGAGAAAGCAUCUUGAGAAUGACCAAGUUGAGUCUGAAAGUGACGAAUAA